GGAUAGUGAAAAUUUAUGGAAAAAUUAUAAAAUUCUUAAUGCCUACGAAAAAUGAGAUUAGAUUAAUAACUGCCUGUAUAAAACUAGUCGAAAAUAAUCGUAUAAAAAAUGACGAAGCGGCCGGAUUAAUAGUUUGUGUAGUUGAAACAUAUUUUUUUCGAAACGUCCCGUAAAUUCCCGUGGCGAGCCACGAAAUCCAAUAAUUUAUCUAAAAAAAAUCAGUCCGAACAUCAAUUCACUUUUCUACGUAUACGCAUUAGAUACCUCCCGAGAACAAGAGUAUACCUACGAAAAAAAAAAAAAAUAGGCACCUACAAUAGAUUUACGACUAAAACCAGGCCCGACUGACACUCUCAUAAAUAUCGUUUAUGUUUUAAGUCGAACGUCCGAUGCUCAGGUGAGCCGGCAACGCCGACAGGUUACCAUUGGGCCCCAUUACUCCUCCCCAGGUAAGAACGCGAGACUCCGAGAAAUGAAGAAAUCGCUUACCAGUUCUUCAGUCGAACCUGAACGCGGACCGUGCGCAUUCCGUGCCGCAAAUGUGCACACAUGUGAGGUCAUAAACCGCGACGUGUCGAUACAUUCCUGCAAUUCCUCAACCGUCCAGAUCGUUCCUGCUACGACUUUACACACUUUAACCCUUACACCUAAGUGCGUUAGAUGCUCGCGCGAGUUUUUCGACGGUCUAUUCGACCCGAAACAAGUGAUUAACCUCGUUUAACCUCCAGUGUUUCGAGUAACUCGAGUUUAUUUACAUUCCAGUUGAAUUGUAAUAGGUGCUUGCGAAUGUUUGUGAACUAAAACACCUUGCGGUUGUGGAUUAGUGUCGAUAAAAAUCCCGGUUCGUUUUCGAGAAGAGAGUACCGAAAGGAUCCCGUCUGUAAACGGCCAUAUUGCAUACCACACGGAGAGAGACGGAGCGCGGCUGGUAUGCGAGUUAGAGCGAGUGCCGCGCGCUCUCCAGAGGCUGAACGAGUCGGUACGCGGGGCGCGGAUCCGACAGGAAUGUUAGACUUGUUCAUCUAAACGUCUAACGCACGUGCAUUUGUGCGUAUAAUGCUGCGGUACUGACGCGGGAUUAAUAUGCGGGGAAUUUUGCGCUGUUUGCUGCUCGGAGGGGCCUUCCUGCUGGCGGUCGGCUGGCCCGCCGAACCGCCGUUUUUCGGGUACUCCACGCAGAUGCAAUCGCGCGCCGUCGACACCAGAGUGACAUUGGAAAUUUUAGAGGAACAACCGAAAGGUACCGUCGUCGGGAGGAUUCCAACGAAACGGGGAUUUACCUACCGUUUCAACGAACCGCCGAAGGAAUUCACCCUAAAUCCCACCACCGGUGAGAUUAAAACCAACGCGGUGCUCGAUAGGGAAACCAUGAGAAACGAUAGAACCGAUUUAGUUAUUUUAUCUAGUCAACCCACGUAUCCCAUCGAAGUGAGGAUAGUUGUCAGGGAUAUCAACGACAAUUCGCCGGAAUUUCCGGAGCCCAGCAUAGCGGUGUCGUUUUCGGAAAGCGCCGCUGCCGGUACCAGACUUUUACUGGACUCGGCUACCGAUCGGGAUUCCGGAGUGAACGGCGUUAGCGAUAAUUACACUAUAAUAGCGGGUAAUAAAGACGAUAAAUUCCGUUUGGUCAUCACCCCGAAUCCCACCGGUAAAACUUCCUAUUUACAUUUAGAAACCACGGGUAAGCUAGAUAGAGAAACUCAAGGAACUUAUCUGCUGAACAUAUCGGCGAGGGACGGGGGUAAAAUUCCCAAAUACGGGUAUCUGCAAGUUAACGUUUCGAUUCUUGACGUCAACGAUAAUCCGCCGAUAUUCGACCACAGCGAUUAUAUUGUUUCGCUGAACGAAAGCGUACCGCCCGGUACGCCGGUACUGCAAGUGAUGGCGACCGAUAACGACUUGGGCGAUAAUUCGAAAAUAACCUACUAUUUGGCGGAUACCGAGCGGCAAUUCACAGUCGAUCCCGAAACCGGAGUGAUUUCGACCACCGAAAUCCUGGAUUGUCCGCAGCAGAAUUGCAUACACCCUUCCAAACCUGGCGGAGCUUGCCCCAAAAGCUGCGUGUUUACCGUAUUCGCGAGAGACCACGGCACACCGCGACAAGACGGAAGGACUUAUGUCACUGUGAAUCUAGUGGAUGCCAACGAUCACGAUCCCGUGAUAAAAUUCAGGUAUUUUCCGAGCACCGCUGGCUACGCGACCGUUGACGAAAACGCCGGAAACGGAUCAGUAGUAGCUGCUGUGUCCGUAGUCGAUCAAGACGAAGGCCUCAACGGAGAAACCACGGUAAGAAUAGUAUCCGGAAACGAAUUGAACCAUUUCCGAUUAGAUUACACUCCCAGCUUCGAUAUAGUACGGGUGAACGGUGUGCUAGAUAGAGAAGAAAUUUCCAAAUAUAAUUUAACAGUCGUUGCGAAGGAUAAAGGUACCCCUCCGCGUACGGCCACGGCUUUUCUCAUAAUCCACGUGAACGAUGUGAACGACCACGAACCCGUAUUCGAAAAAAGCGAAUACUCCUCCAUACUCAGCGAGCUAGUACCCGUGGGUACUUACGUAGCUGGAAUCACCGCUACAGACGAAGAUACGGGAGUCAACGCGCAGAUUUACUACGCUUUUGUGUCUGGAAACGAGAACCGAUGGUUUUCCAUCAACCCCGUUUCGGGUUUGGUGACCACUCGAGCGCCGCUCGACCGGGAAAUUCAGGGCACCGUGGAGUUAAAUAUAUCGGCGCGAGACGGCGGCCCGAACCCCAAGUGGGCGCACACCCAGCUGAAGGUGGCGAUUUUGGACGAGAACGACGAGGCGCCGGAGUUUUCCCAAUCGCGCAUCGACGUCAGUUUAUCGGAGAACGCUCCUAUCGGUACGCUGGUAGCUAUGCUGACAGCUUCGGAUCACGAUCAAGGCACCAACGGGAGUGUAGCAUAUAAUUUACACCAGCGCUACGAAGACACCUUCGUUUUAGACUCCCUCACCGGACAACUGGUCACCAAAAAGAAGCUCGAUAGAGAGAAAGUAGCUAAUUACGAAAUCACGAUAGUAGCUAAAGAUCAGGGUAUACCAUCACAAUCGUCAACAGCCGUCGUUUAUUUGACUAUUUUAGACGUAAACGACAACAAUCCGGAAUUUUAUCCGCAGAAAUACUUCGUGUCGCUACCGGAAGAAACCAAGCCAGGCGCGUCUUUAAUUAGAGUCACAGCAAACGAUAAAGACGAGGGAGAAAACGCCAUAAUUACGUACAAAUUAAGCGGAGGCGAUGGACUAUUCGCCAUCGACCAAUGGUCGGGAAUCGUAUCGCUGCAAACCGACAUGAAAAACGUUCCGAAACCGAUGUACCGUUUGAGAAUAUCGGCCGCGGAUCGAGGCGAUCGACGAGCUAGCGAAGACGCCACCGUCGAAAUAAUCAAAGAAGCGUACGUAGACGAAUUGCAAUUCGACAAUUACGCCGGAUACGAUUUCCGGAUAGUCGAAGACCCGAGCGAUUCGCACGCGUUCAGAAAACGAGACGUCGGCGCGAUCGGCACCAAAAACAGGACCAACCAAACAUCCUACUACAUCGUCUACGGAGAUCCGAAUCGAAAUUUCGAAAUCGACGAAACCACCGGCACCAUAACCACCGCCAAGAAAAUCGAUCGAGAACAAACGAUGAGUUAUAGUCUAAUAGUGGCGGCUCGAGCUGGAUUUUCGUACGGUAAAACAACGGUGAAUGUUAUAGUGGAGGAUUUGAACGAUAACAAACCGGUGUUUAUGCGCGAUAAAGAGGAAAUCAAACUGUUAGAAAACGCCGCCGUGGGGCAAGAGGUGUAUUUAGCGCGCGCGCGGGAUUUCGAUUCGGGCGCGAACAGCCGGGUGAGUUAUAGUCUGAGUAACGACAUCAACGAUCAGUUUCGCAUUUCCGAAGCCACCGGGGUUAUUUACUUGAAUCGACCCAUCCGAGACGAACCCGGCGUUGUUCUACACGUUCAAAUCACUGCUACGGAUGGUGGCGAGCCGCCCUUAUCGACCAAACACUCUCUCAUGAUCACCAUCGAAGACGUCAACGAUCAUACGCCAGUUUUCGACCACACUUCCUACGAAACUUCUCUAUUAGAAUCUACACCUGUUAAUGAGAGGUUCUUCGCAUUAGCAGCUAGCGAUGCCGAUCUCGGCGUUAACGGAAGGAUUUCGUACGCUAUUUCAGAGGGCAACCACGAGAGUAAAUUCGGCGUCUUCCCCGACGGGUAUUUGUACGUUAAAAAACCUCUAGAUCGCGAAGACAAAGAUUACUACUCCUUAACGGUAACAGCCAGCGACGCCGGCAACCCGUCCAGAUCGUCGAUAGUGCCUGUGGUGAUUCACGUAAUAGACGAAAACGAUAACAGCCCGGAAUUCGUGAACAACACUUUCGUAUUCAACAUAUUCGAGAACGAACCGCCCGAUUCGUUCGUUGGGAAAUUAACCGCCACCGAUAAGGACGUCGGCCGAAACGCCGAGCUGAUGUUCACGCUAUCGCACGCCCAAACGGACUUCGCCAUCGAUCCCAAAAACGGAUUCAUCAGGACGUUGCGCGUCUUCGAUAGAGAAGAGCUCGUGGCGAAUACGGGUCAAAGUGUCGUUCUGCUCGAAGCCGAAGUGGCGGAUAACGGUGCGCCGCGCCUCAAAGACAAAGUUAAAGUGCGCGUUAACGUGAUAGACGUCAACGAUAAUCCUCCCGAAUUUUUGCGAGCGCCUUACAAGGUGCAAAUAUCCGAAGGGUCUUCGAUCGGAGCGCAAGUGCUGCGUUUGUACACGACCGACGCCGAUGAGGGACUCAACGGCGACGUUUUCUACAAAAUUAUCGCCGGAAACGACGAUGGAAAGUUCAACAUCGACGAGGCUACUGGACAAAUCACCUUAUCGAAAUUACUGGAUAGAGAAACUAAUGCGAAUUAUAAGUUAACGAUACUAGCCCACGACGCUGGAUUCGGUAACCAACUCACCUCAACCACUGUAGUAAGCGUGGAUAUUUUAGACGAAAACGACAACGCGCCAGAGUUUGUACAGAGCGAAUCGAAAAUUCGCGUCAGCGAAACGACUUCGGUAAACACAGAGCUGAUACAAUUCAAAGCGACCGACACGGAUUUGGGAAUGAACAGUGAAGUAUUUUACUCUAUCACGGCUGGUAACAGGAAAGAUACUUUUCACAUAGAUGCAGUAACGGGCGUACUUCGUCUACACAAACCAUUAGAUUUCGAGGAUCUCGCCGCUUAUCAAUUGAAUAUUACUGCAUCUGAUAACGGAAAUCCUAGAUUAUCCACCACUGUUUUAUUCGCUGUAGCGGUCGAAGAUGCCAAUGACAACGCACCUUCAUUUCCAAGCACAGCCAUCGUUAGACAAAUUCCCGAAGGACUUCCCAUUCAUACGCCUAUAGUCACAGUUACAGCUGACGAUCCGGAUUCCGGCGCUAACGGUAAAGUAACCUACACGAUAUCCUACCAAGAUCCUGAAGACCACCGAAGACAUUUCGGCAUUAACCCGAUAACAGGAGUAAUCCACACACUCCUACCCAUCGACAGGGAGAGUAUCGAUACCUUCAGACUAACAGUCGUCGCCACUGAUCAAGCCACCCCGAUAACAUCUCGACUAUCAGCCGAUAAAUUGGUCACCGUGAUAGUGGAAGACGUGAACGACAACGCCCCGAUUUUCGUGUCGAUGAACGCCGCGAUCCUGCCGAAGCUCGACCGGAACUUCGAUCCCCAAACUCCGGUGAUGAGCGUGUUCGCGCGCGACCUGGACUCCUCCACCAACGGCCUGGUGACCUACGAGCUGGCCAGCGGCGGCGGCGACUUGUUCCGGCUGGACCAGAGCACGGGCGCGCUGCGCAUCCGGAGGGCGGUGCACCGGCCGGAGGCCACUUACCGCCUCAGCGUCAAGGCGACGGACGAGGCGGUGCAGAGCGAGCGCAAGUCCACCGAGGCCUAUCUCACGGUGAUAGCGACCAGCGAGGCGGGCGGCGGGCCGGAAUUCGAGAGCGCGUCGUUCGGCGGGAGUGUGUACGAGAACGAACCGACGGGCACGAGCAUCCUCACCGUUUCGGCGAGGGCUAAUGUCGGGGAAGUGGAGUUUUACGUGACGAAUGUGACGGGGGGCGGUCGGCAAGUGGACAGGUUGUUCGACAUCGAUACCAAAUUGGGGGUGUUAUCCACCGCGACUGAAUUGGAUAGGGAAUUGGGUGUGGAAAUUUACGAUGUUGAAGUGUACGCUAUCGUCAAUGGUGCUGGGGAAAUACGCACGUCCAAAACUAAGGUGGAGAUAACGGUGUUGGAUAAAAACGACAGUCCGCCGUCCUUCAAGGAUGCUCCUCUGCAUUAUUCCGUGUCCGAAGAUCUGGGUCCAGGACAAUCCAUAGCCGUCAUCAAAGCCGAGGAUCCUGACACCAUAGGAGCCUUGGAGUACACGCUGUUGAAAGGAGGCGAGAAGAAAUUUUCGCUGGAAAAAUCCAGUGGAUUGCUCAGAUUGGUCGAUUCGUUAGAUAGGGAAACUACCGAUAACUACAAGUUGUUGGUCAGAUGCAGCGAUGGGAAUCAAUACACCGAUACUAUUGUACACAUUGAGGUCACAGACACAAACGACAAUCCACCGGCGUUCCUGGAGCCUGCCUAUUCGUUCGACAUACCGGAAAACGCGGCGCGAGGAUCGCGCGUGGGCCAGAUCAAAGCGUCCGAUCCGGAUUUGGGCGCCAACGCCCAAUUGACCUACUCGGUGAUCAGCGAUUGGGCCAACGACGUGUUCUCGCUGAAUCCGCAAACCGGCGUCUUCACCUUGACGUCCAAAUUGGACUACGAAGAAGUGCAACAUUACAUCCUGGUGGUUCAAGCGCAAGACGCCGGCCAUCCGGCCUUAUCCAGCACAUUGACCGUCUACUGCAACGUCCUGGACCUCAACGACAACGCUCCGCUCUUCGAUCCGAUGUCCUACAGCAACGAGAUCUUCGAGAACGUCACCGCGGGCACGCCCGUAGUGACAGUCAGCGCCACUGACGCCGACAGCGGAAAUAAUCGUAAAAUUGUGUAUGCCAUAACGUCUGGAAAUGAUGCUGGAAGUUUCGAAAUUCUACAAAAUGGCACGAUUUUCACCAAGCAGGAACUGGAUAGAGAAAAACAAGCCAUUUACAAUCUUGUAGUUACAGCUACAGACCAAGCUACAAGCCCAGAGAGCAGGCUGUCAUCAACAGUACAAGUAACAGUACUACUAAAAGACAUCAACGACAUGUCGCCGGAAUUCAUCACCCCCAACGAAACCACCGUAUCCGAAAACAUCCCCGUCAACACCGUCGUGAUGGCCAUCAAAGCGACGGACAAGGACGAAGGCAGGAACGGCUACAUCGAGUACUCCCUCUCCAACGAUCCCCUCGCCAACAGCGUCUUCACCCUCGGUCCCGUCGACGGUUUGCUGCGAGUCGGCGGCAAAAUCGACAGGGAAACCACCGGCAACUACACCCUCACCGUCACGGCCAGAGAUCGCGGCGAUCCGCCCCGGCUCACCACCACGAAGCUGCUGGUGAAGAUAUCGGACGAGAACGACAACAGUCCCGUCUUCGAUCCCAAGCAGUACAGCGCCAGCAUCUCCGAGAACGCUUCCAUCGGAGCCAGUGUGCUACAAGUAUCGGCGACGGACAUCGACGACCACCUGAACGGCAGGGUGCGCUACUCGAUCGAGGCGGGCGACGCGAACCGCGACUUCACCAUCGCCGAGGACACGGGCGUGGUGCGCGUGGCCAAGAACCUCAACUACGAGCGCAAGUCGCGCUACGAGCUGACGGUGCGCGCCGAGGAUUGCGCCGGCGACGCCGUGCGUUCGGACGCGUCGAAGAUAUCGGUAUCGGUGUCGGACAUCAACGACAAUCCGCCGACGUUCCUCGACUCGCCCUAUUUGGCCUACGUGAUGGAGAACGUGGUGCCGCCCGACGGCGGUUACGUGAUAACCGUUAGGGCGUUCGACGCCGAUACGCCGCCGUUCAACAACCUGGUGAAGUACUUCAUCAAAGAAGGUGAUACUGAUAUAUUCAAGAUCAACGCUUCCACGGGGGAUAUAUCGCUGCUGAGAGCACUGGAUAGGGAGAUCCAGGAUGAAUACGUGUUGAAUUUAGUCGCUAUGGAUACCGGUUCUCCACCGUUGACGGGAAGCGGGACGGUUCGCGUGGUAGUCCAGGACGUGAACGACCACAGUCCGGAAUUCAAAAGGCAAUCCUACCGGGCUCUGAUCAAAGAAAAUCUACCGUCAGGCACUUGGGUCGUCACCACCGUCGCCACCGACAAAGACAUCGGCCUCAACGGGAAGAUCCGCUACAGCCUCAUCGGCGACAAAGUGGAGCGCUUCAAAGUGGACCAAAACACCGGCGUUAUAACCACCGCCGUAACGCUUGAUCGAGAGGAAAUCGGCUCCUAUUACCUCACGUUGAUGGCGCAGGAUUGCUCAGCGACGGAGCCGCGCGCAACCGCCGUGAAUCUCACCAUCCACGUCUCCGACGAAAACGACAACUCGCCUCUAUUCGACUCUAAUAAAUACGAAGUGUACGUUUCGGACCAAACGAAGGCCGGUGAAUUCGUGUUCGGCGCGCGCGCCGCCGACGACGACUUCGGCGCCAACGCCAGGAUAUCCUACCGGCUGGCGGGGGAGCACUCGAAAAAUUUCACCGUCAACGAGAAAACGGGAGUGAUCAAGGCCGUGUACGACUUGCAGCGGUCUUCGACCAGCAUCUUCAAUCUCGAAAUCGAGGCUUUGGACGGCGGUCGGCCGCAGAGGAAGACCAGCGCCGAGUUGAAGAUAUUCCUCAAACCGGGUCGAUUCUUUCCGAAAUUCGCCGCGCUGACCAAAACCAAGUUCGUGCUAUCCGAAAACGUCGAAGAGGAUAAGAUAAUCGCCAGGGUGAAGGCCUCGUCGCCGAAGAAGGGACCCGCUUCCGAGAUAAAAUACCUAAUAGCGGGCGGUAACGUAGGAGAAGCACUGAAAAUCGACAAGAACAACGGCGAGAUCCAAAUCACCGGUCGCGGAUUGGACUACGAAGUAUCACCGAUCUACGAGGUUUGGAUCGAAGCCCAAGACUCGGACACUCCGCCGUUGAGGAGCGUCUUGCAACUAACCAUCAACGUUACCGACGCCAACGAUAACGCUCCCGUAAUGAACAGUCUGCUCUACAACGCGUCCGUUAUCGAAGAAGAAGCGCCGCCGUUGCUCGUCGUAAAAGUAUCGGCCACCGAUAUAGAUUCAGGCGAAAACGGCGAAAUCACCUACAAACUCCUGCAGGACUUCGAAGGAGCGUUCGAAAUCGACGCGCAAAGCGGCGAGAUCUACACCAACGUGAGACUGGACCGAGAGGACAUCUCCAACUACGAGCUUACAGUAGAAGCCGUAGACCAAGGCGUACCGCAACAAUCCGGAACGGCUACGGUAUUAGUAACAGUACUCGAUAAAAACGACAAUCCGCCGAGAUUCACCAGAUUGUUCAGCGUGAACGUCACCGAGAACGCGGAGAUCGGCUCGUUCGUCAUCAGACUGACCAGCUCCGAUCAGGACGUCGGAUCCAACGCCAACGCCACCUACAUAUUCGCCGAGAAUCCCGGCAACAAGUUCAAAAUAGACCCGAUCAGCGGCAACGUCACUGUGGCGGGGCACUUGGAUCGCGAGCAACAGGACGAGUACAUACUGAAAGUGGCGGCGGUGGACGACGCCUGGCGAUCGGAGACGCCUCUCACCGUCACCAUCCAGGACCAGAACGACAACGCGCCCGAAUUCGAGCACUCCUACUACAGCUUCAACUUCCCCGAGCUGCAGCGAGCCGUGGUGUCCGUCGGGCAAGUCACCGCCACCGACAGGGACAAGCAGGGGCCGAACUCGGUGAUCAGUUACUCGCUACAACAACCGUCGGAUCUGUUCACCGUCGAUCCCGCUUCCGGGGAGAUAUUCAGCAAGCGGAGCUUGAGGUACAAGUACACCCUGUUGGAGUCGUCGCCGGAAAACACCUACUCGCUAACGAUUCUAGCUACCGACAACGGGAAACCUCCGAUGUCGUCGGAAUGCUUGGUCACGAUCAACGUGGUAGACGCGAACAACAACGCGCCCAGCUUCGAGCAACAGGAGUAUCUAACUCCCGUGCCGGAGGAUGCCAGAGUGGGCCAGGAAAUGCUGCGAGUGCUGGCCAAAGACGAGCUCGAUGUGGGAGUGAACGCCGAGAUCGAGUACUCGGUGGUGGGCGGUAACGGGUCCAAGCAUUUCGUUAUCGACAGCAACACGGGUUGGAUCGAAUUGAACGAGAAGGUGUUCGGCGUCGGGACGGUGUACAAUUUGAGAAUCCGGGCGAGCGAUAAGGGAAUACCGCCGCAGGAAAGCGAAACCGCCGUCACUCUCAUCGUAACGGGCGAGAACCGAUACAGUCCCGUGUUCACCGCUUUGAGUUACCAAGUAAUAGUGCCGGAAAACGAGCCGCUGGGCUCCACCAUUCUGACUGUGAGCGCUUCCGAUCGAGACCAAGGACCCAACGGUAUGAUACGCUACAGGAUAUCGGCCGGAAACGAACGGAAAGAGUUUACCGUCGAUACGAUGACGGGAGCGGUGACGAUUCUCCAACCUCUGGACUACGAUACGAUCCAGGAGUACCACUUGAACAUCACCGCCGAGGAUUUGGGCUUUAAACCACGCAAAUCCACGGCUAUGUUGACUAUAACUCUUACCGAUAUCAACGAUAAUUCUCCCACUUUCAAUCAGACUUCUUACGACGCGUAUUUGUCCGAAAAUUUACCAUCUGGUAGCUUCGUUUACAAAGUUGUAGCUACCGAUAUCGAUUCGCCCAAGAACGCCAUCAUCGAAUACUCCAUAACCGAUGGACCUGAUAAAGAAGUGUUCGCAAUCAACAAAACAACUGGCGUAAUCGUAUCGAAAAUCACUUUCGACUACGAAGAGGAAGACGUCUACACGCUGAACGUGCUAGCUUCCAAUCCUGAUUCAACGAUGUCCGGUUUGACCGUCAUAAAAGUCCACAUAACUGGUAUGAACGAGUUUUACCCGAGGUUCAUCCAAUCGGUCUUCCAUUUCGACGUUUCCGAGUCCACGGAAGUCGGUACCACAGUGGGUACAAUACAAGCAACCGACCAAGACGGCGGCGACGAUGGCAAAGUGUAUUACCUACUGAUAGGUUCGAGCAACGAUAAAGGCUUUACUAUUAACUCCGAAACCGGGGAUAUCAUAGUAUCCAGGAACCUGGAUAGAGAAACGCAAAGCAGGAUAGUGCUGACGGUGAUGGCGAAAAACGCGGGAGGUAUUCGAGGCAACGAUACCGACGAAGCGCAGGUGAUUAUAACCGUUCAAGACGGUAACGACCCGCCGGAAUUCUCGCAGAGCGUUUACGAAACCGAAAUAUCCGAAGGAGCCGAAGUGGGAACUAAAUUGCUAACGGUCAAAGCGGUGGAUAAAGACGUCAGAGCGCAAAACAACCAAUUCAGCUACUCCAUCAUCGGAGGGAACAUCGAGCAGGCCUUCAAAGUCGACCCGCAAACGGGCGAAAUACAAUCAUCCAGGAUGCUAGACAGGGAAACGGUGCCGAGUUACUCGAUAGUCGUCGGAGCCAUCGAUACCGGAAUUCCACCGCAAACCGGAACGACCUUAAUCAAAAUUCAAGUCACCGAUGUAAACGAUAACGGGCCGAUAUUCGAUUCGCCGCCGGUCGGUUACGUUUCGGAAAACAAACCGCCCAACACCAAAAUAAUGGUACUCUCAGCGAAGGAUCCCGAUCUGCCUCCCAACGGCGCUCCCUUCACCUACAAUCUAAUCGGAGGGAAACACAAGAACCACGUGAAAAUAGACAAGCAUUUCGGUACCAUCACCACGACGAAAGCGCUAGACAGGGAAUCGACGCCGGAAUUGAACGUUAUAGUGGAAGUUGAAGACAGCGGCGUUCCCAAAAUGAAAUCGCAGCACAACGUGAAGAUUUUGGUGCAGGACGAGAACGACAGUCCGUCCAGUUCGCGAUCGGUGCACGUCUUGCUGUACGUGUACAAUAACUCGUAUCCCGUGGGAAAAAUCGCCGACGUACAUCCGAACGAUCCCGACGUAAUCGGCGAUUAUAAAUGCAAAAUCUUACAACCGUUUCUACCGGGAGUUUUGUCCAUUCCUGCGGGAUGUAAUUUGCACGCUUCUAGAGUUACACCGGGGCAAGGAUUCUCGCUAUCGGUAUCGGGAAACGAUGGAAAACAUUCGGAUGUAGUGUCAGCUGUAACUGUAGAAUUUCUGUCUUUUGAUAAUACGACAGUAGAUAAUUCGAUUACAAUUAGAAUCUCGAAUAUUACAGCUGAAGCUUUUCUUUCCCAGUACUACAGGAGGUUGUCCGAUGCUUUAAAAACCGUUAUAAACGCCGAUGAGAAUUUAAUUAUUUACAGUUUACGCGACCACGAAGGUAAUCUCGAAGUAACGUUGGCGAUCAAAUUUAAAAACGGCUACAAGAGUAAGCUACAGACCAUCACCAAAAUUCAAAGCAAACGAGAGGCUCUAUCGAACAUUUUCCAAAGCAGAGAUAUCGUAAUAGGAUACUCGCCUUGCGGUCAAAACACCUGCGAAAACGGAGGCAUAUGCUUGGAAUCUCUUUCGGUUAAAAAGACCACGAUCAUAACCGACAGUCAAAACAUCAUCCUAACAUCACCGUUGGUGGUUCACGAGUACAAGUGCCAAUGCGCCGACGGGUUCGUCGGAUCCACCUGCAACAAACGCCAGGACCCCUGCCUGCCGAAUCCCUGCAAGUACGGCGGGCAAUGCCGAAGGCAGGGCUUCAAUUACCACUGCAUAUGCCCGCCCGGCAAAGACGGCAGGCAAUGCGAGUCGCAGAAGGACGACGCCUGCUUCGACAACCCCUGCCAAAACGGCGGCUCCUGCAGGGAGAGUCCCGACGGCUCGUCGUUCUUCUGCCUCUGCAGGUCAGGCUACAAGGGCAACCAAUGCGAAGUGGUGGCCGAUUCCUGCCGGCCCAAUCCCUGCCUGUACGGCGGCCUGUGCAUGAACCAAAAGCCGGGCUACAAGUGCAGCUGCGUGGACGGACGGUACGGCAGACAUUGCGAGAAAUCCACCUACGGGUUCCAGGAGCUGUCCUACAUGAGCUUCCCGUCUUUGGACGCUGCUACCAACGACAUAUCGUUCGUGUUCGCCACAACGAAACCGAACUCGCUUCUGAUAUACAAUUAUGGAUUACAAACGGGCGGCAGGAGCGAUUUCGUCGCCGUGGAACUGGUCGGCGGUAAAGCAGUUUUCUCUUUCGGCGGUACCAGAACGGCCAUCACGUCAGUAAGCGUGGGAGGAAAAACCAAUAACCUAGCAGACGGUAAUUGGUACAAAAUAACAGCGACCAGAAACGGUCGAGUCGUUUCGUUGAGCGUCGGUAGUUGCACCGAACAAGGAGACGUCUGCGAUGAAUGCCGACCAGGCGAUAGCACCUGUUACGCUGAUGAAAUCGGUCCUAGCGGAACGUUAAACUUCAACAACCAACCGCUCCUAAUCGGCGGAUUGAUCAGCGCGGAUCCGGUGCUGGAACGACCGGGCCAAGUCCACUCCGACGAUUUAGUGGGAUGCGUUCACAGCGUUUCCAUCAACGGCCGCCAGUUGAACCUGAGCCGACCCCUCUCCUCCGAAGGCAUCGAGAACAAAUGCGUCCAGAAGGGCUCCUGCCAGAAACCGUCGGCGGACCCGUGCUUGGGAUUCGGUUCGUGCAUCGACCAUUGGGACUCCAUCAGUUGCCGGUGCGGCGGCGAUUUGAUUUCGCCGAAUUGCCACUCCGGCCUGCAGCCCAUCAGCGUCAGCGAUGGCGGCUUCGUCGAAUUCACCGUGUCGAAGAAACACCGAAGGAUGCAACUGUUGGACAACAUCUACAAAGGCUCCACGGUGUGGAGCCACCAGAAACAAGCCGCGGGCGGUACGGGCGCGGGGAAAAGCGUGAGCGUCUUGUUCCGAACGGUCCAACAGCACGGUAUAAUUCUUCACGCUACCAGCAAUAAAUACUAUACUUCGAUUGAGUUAAUCGACGGGCAGAUAUACUACAUAAGCAAACUGUCUUCUUUGGUUAACAUGACUGAUACACGCCUAGUGAACGACGGUAAUUGGCAUAAUUUAACUCUAUACACCUUCGGACGAAGCAUAAGGAUAAUAUUGGAUAACGAAAAAUUCGGCGAUGAAUUAGAUACGGCCGGUGUUCACGACUUCCUCGAUCCUUACUUGACGUAUCUCUCGAUCGGAGGCGCGUCCGCCGAAUAUUACCAUUCGACGCCCAAACAAUUCGAAGGUUGCUUCGCCAAUUUCACCAUCAACGACGAAAUCCAGCCGUUCAACGGCUCCGGAUCGAUAUUCCCCGAGGUGCGCUACCGCGGCAGAGUCACGCGAGACUGCAAGGGGCCCAUCGGCAUCGGUACGGCGACCGCGCCGGAUCCGCUCAGCAUCGGCAUCACGCUCGUCAUCGUCUUCUUCGUGGUGCUGCUCGUCGCCAUAUUAGUAUCGUUCGUGGCGUUCAGGCUGCGCAAGCAGUACAAGGAGAAGGGCAGCGCCUCGAACAGUCCGGGCGGGAUACAAACGAAGCAGAACGGCAACGGGGCCAUGUUGGGUUCCAGCGGCAUCAACUCGAACAACGACAACGUUUUGAGCAGGGUGAUGCACGGAACGGACAGCGCCUUGUCUUACCACACUGAUGGAGAUGUGAUAAGGGGCAUUGGAGGACAUUCUUUGGUGGGGCCGGAACUUUUGUCCAAGAAAUACAAGGAGAGGGACAUCCUUCAAGGCGAUUUGCCGCGACCUCAACGACCCGACAUUAUCGAACGAGAGGUGAUCAAUAAAGGUCCGCCGAUUAGAGACGAACACCAUCCUCCUUUACCUCCGAAUUCGAAUCACAGCCACGAGCACGUUCCCAACGAUUUAAACUCCGAAAUUCCCGAACACUACGAUUUAGAGAACGCCAGCUCGAUAGCACCGUCGGAUAUAGACAUCGUGUACCAUUACAAAGGCUACAGGGAAGCCGGAGGGGUGAGAAAAUACAAAGCGACGCCGCUGCCCGUCGCUGGGUACCACCACAAGCAUCCCGGCAGCCAAAACCAACGGCACUCCGGGUUCCCUCCGAGAGUACCGCCCGUUACUAGUCCGAACGCGCGACCCCACCAAAGCACGCCGCUGGCCAGACUGAGCCCCAGCAGCGAGAUGAGCGCCCAACAACCCAGGAUACUGACGUUGCACGACAUCAGCGGCAAGCCGCUGCAAAGCGCCCUGCUGGCCACCACGUCGAGCUCCGGCGGCGUCGGCAAGGACGCCCUGCACAGCAACAGCGAGGGCAGCCUCAACAGCCCGGUGAUGUCGCAGCUGAGCGGCCAGAGCUCGAGCAGCAGGAAGGCGGCGGCGCCGCCGCCCGUCGCCUCAUCGUCGCCCGGCAUGGGCCUCACCGCCGAGGAGAUCGAAAGACUGAACUCGCGUCCGCGGACGUCCAGCCUGGUGUCGACGCUCGACGCGGUGUCGAGCUCGAGCGAGGCGCCGCGCGGCGUCGGCAACGUGCACAUGAACCACCUGCGGCACUCGCCGGUGCCGGAGACGCACCACAGCAGCACCACCACCGACGAGAGCGGCAACGACAGCUUCACGUGCUCCGAGAUCGAGUACGACAACGCCAGCUUGAACGGGGACAAGUACAAGCCGAACGAGUCGGAGUCGAGGCGGAACGAGUCGGGCGGCGGGAACAAGAACAACAUACCGCCGCCGUCGUACGACGGGUUCGAUUCGUCGUAUCGGGGCUCCAUGAGCACGCUGGUGGCUUCGGACGAUGAAAUCGGCGGGCCGAUGUACAGGCAGAGCGCCGGCUCGCCGUCCACCACGGCCUUGGGAUGGGAUUACCUGUUGAACUGGGGCCAGAAUUUCGAUAGCUUGGCGGGCGUGUUUAAAGAUAUAGCCGAAUUACCGGACGCCGUUAACGGUAGGAUACCGUCGUCGUUGCGAUUAACGAACGCUUCCAAACCGUCCGAGGAAUACGUGUGAUUGUGCGCGAGUGUGUUUGUGUGUGUAUACGAGUGCAAUUGAUAGAAAUAAUGUAAAAAUAAACUGUUCGAUUAAAUUGAAUUAUUAAACCUUGUAUCAAGGGAUCGAGAUAUUGUAAUGUUCUUGCCAUAUUUUUUUUGUAAUUUUAUUUGUAAAUUGUCGAAACGAUAAUAUCGAUACCGAUAUUUCUAUGUAAAUACCUCUUUUACUAAAGACUCUAAAAUUUAUUUUAUAAAGAAAAACUAACUAUUACCGUUGUUUUAUUGUGUUCAAUGGGACGUCAAAUGAUUUUAGUAAAUUCAUAUUUUAUUUUACAACGUUUUACAGUAAACAUUUGUACUUAUAACGGACAAUUCUCGCGUCAUAAACGAAAAUUGUCAAGCUUUAAAAACCGAUACCAUAAAAAAUACAACUAAUAUACAUAUAAUAGAAAAAACAUCACAGUGCAAAAUAAAAAAAAACAAACUCUCUCAACAGUAGCUUAAAUUUCGACAUAUUCGUCUAAUUUAAAAAAAAUAAAAUAUUUUGUGCAUAUAGCUAGCUGUUUACACUUAAUAGUUUCUGCGUUAAAUUAACGAAAUAAUAAAUCUCAUAUAAACUUGUGUAGAACAAUAAAUUCACGAUAAAUUCAUCACGAUAAAUUACAAAAAAGAAUUAAACUCAUCUCGUAACAAAAUUGAUCAGGAUGAAUAAAUAGAUAUCUAAAGGAAGACGUCAAGUUCUACAAAAAAAACCUACCAAGCGAAUAUUAAAUAUUCAGGACUUGUCAUCGUCGAUUCAUCGCAUAAAAAAUAAUACAGGGUGAUGUUGUUAAAUACCUCGCUACAUACAGACGACGCACUAAGUCGCCGACGUCGACGUCGCGACGCUAUCGAAACAAGGUUUACACACCGGCACGGGCACGCGAGAAUCGUGACCCGGCAGAGCGACCUUCUUCGAUAUGCAACGCUGACAGAAUAUCUCGCCGCAUUUUCUGCAAUGCAUCUACAAACAACGAUAAAACAAUUACAAUAAUCGCCUAAUUUUUUAAAUAAUUUAUUAUUACCUUCUUACUGAGCUGGUCCAACGCCAACGAGCAACUGCACUCGUCCGCGUUCCUCAACGAUUUCCAAUCGAUCGCCACCGAAUCGAUUUCCUUCACCACUCGAUCCAAAUCGAGCGCAUCGUCGUUUCGAUUCGCCGGCGAUUGCUCGUCCUUGCUCGGCUUACGCUCGUACGACGACUUGUUGUCCGCGUAGGCGUUGUCCAACGGCCGGCAACGCUCCUCGCGCUUCGUCUGUUUGCUACCCUUGCGCUCCACCGAUCUGGCUAUCAACGAUUUGACCGAAGAA